AUGGUCAGGGAGGAGGAAGCCGCCUCGUCGGACUUCUCUUAUUGCAGCGGCGGCGGCGCGCGCGGUGGCGGUGGCGACAGAAUUUGCAGUCACGCCCCAGCCCCAAGCCAGCUGCCCGGCGGCAGCGGGGAGGGGCCCUCACAUCCCAGGCCCUCCCGCCCCCGCUUCCCACCUCCCCCGAGUUACCGCUGCUCAGCUUUCCCAGGCCUCUCCCCGCCCACCCCCGACCCACCCCAGCACCUCUCCGCUGACCUGAACCCUUAG